AUGGCCGCCCCUACUACUUCGAUCGCCUAUGCUCCAUCUUCGACCGCCGCCAACUGCGGCGUCGCAAACGGUUGGAAUCUCCCUAGCAGCGAUCCGGCCUGUGCGUCGCGCAUCACUGGCAACAUCACAUACGUCUUCAACGACUGCUGCGGUCAAGCCACGCCCCACAAGUACGCCAACGACUGCGGAAUCUACUGUCUCGCCGAGGGCCAAGACAUUGGCGUGCUCCGCUCCUGCCUGCAGACCAAGAGCGACAACUAUCACGACAUAUUCUGCAACACUGUCAAUGCGACUGCCACCGCUACCGGCGCCGGCGUAAGCAAUACUUCUGCCACCAGUACCACCAAAACCCAUAGUGGCUCCUCUACGUCUCAUACCAAGAAUGCAGCUUUUGUCAACCAGCCUGUUUCCAAGACUGGUCUGGGCGUCGUUGCGCUGGUCUUCUGCUCUGCCCUGAUGGGUCUUGUUGCCUAA